AUGCCUUCCGCGUCGCCGUCCCCAAUGAAGCGGCCUUCGCUAACCGAACGAACAUCUUCCACCCAUUCUCUUUCCUCCUCAGGCAAGCAAACGACCACCCACAAAGUCCAUCGCCCACAUGUUGUCACCCGUCACUCUCGAAAUGCGUCGCAUGGCAAAGGGCUUAGCAAGUUGGGCAAGGUGCACUCAACGGCAAGUAUCAUCACAAAUCAACACCAUCAAAGGAAAAAGUCUGGGGGCACCACACCACCCCAAAGCCCCAGAACGGCGCUUGUGAAACGCAACAGCUCUCAUGUGACGCUGCCCAAGAACCUUUCACAUGGCAACCUGCGGAAGAACCAUUCGGCCACUGCCUUGGCAAGAAACACCUCCCACCCUGCUUUGAAGAAAGCCGGACUUGCUCCUCCGGCCCCCAUACAGAAUGAGAAAAAGGAUGGAGUUUUUCACCUUGGAGACCGAUCGUCGGAUGACGAAGAGGAGGCAGAGUGGGAAGAUUCAGCAACUCAGUCCCCAGAGAUGACUCGCAAUAAUUCGAAGACAGCAACACCAGUCCGCGUUGGCACUCCCAACGGUGCACACGGCUCGGAGGAGACUGCGGAUAGGGUCCUUGUAGACCGAACGAGGAAGUCAUCUUCACCGCCUAAACCAUCCCUGAAGAACAAUAACCGCUCUGCUCCCAACUUGAGAAAGGAAUCGGGUAUUUCGCCGUCACAGCUUCCUCCAGAUCCCGCCCUCCUAAACCAACAUCCCCGCGCGUCCCGAGCGCCUCCGGCCAUGUCGACCGUGUCUGCGCAGGUAGGGCCCAAGGACCUUCUCCGCAAUGAGUCCUCGAGAUCAUUUACUCAUGUUUCACAUGGCGAGGCCGCCUCGAUAAUGACUACCCCAGCCAAAUCUGGCGCAGGGUCAAAUCAAGCCGCAGCAUCCUCAUCGGUCGAUGGUGAAGUCUCACACUUUCUUCCUGACACUACAAACUCUUCAUUUCAGCACGACGUAGAUGGCUCCGACGACGAUUCACCCUCAACUUUCCUAUCCAACUACAAGCCGCAGCCUUCGGAGUCGCCCGAAAAGGCGAGAAGACUGCACAAAGUACGACUCCCUCCGAAUGCAUCCAGGACUCAGCAAAAACUUGAGCUGCAAAGAAGAGAGAUCAUGCGCGCUGGCGCAGCGACACCGACGACUCCGCCGACGCAUGGCAUGGGUCUGAACGGAUCUUCGACAUCCUUGCACAGCAGAACCAGCUCAAGAAACCGUAAUCGAUCCUUAGCUGGUGGACGCAGUCUAGCUGGAGAGUUUAAGGCCGUGAAGCAGGACUAUGAGAGUGCCGUGAAGCAUUUGACGGUAGUGAGGAAGUUCCGAAGUCCGGUUAUGGAAAGCGUGAGCAGGCUCAAAGAGGGCAAUGUCCUACCACCAGAGCUCGGCAAGGUGCACUCGAACGUCGCAUCCUCGAAAAGUCGGCCUCUGAGCCGACGUGGUUAUAGCACAGCCAGUGCUAAUGGGACACUGAGGACCGGGACCAGCAAAAGUCCCGAAAGUAAGAGACCGCUGCUGGCAUCACGGUCGAGCAGUCGCAGUCAUGUAGGAAGAGUACAUUUCGAACGGCGGAGCAGUCAUGAUGAUAUUGAAGUGACACCUGCGCAAGGCAGUCCGGAUGAUGCAGAAGAUGACGAACAAGAAGGUCUGUCAGCAGAAGAGGCCUUGAUACGACGGAUUUGGGACAGUCGAGAAGUGUAUGAUUCUGGAGAAUCGAUACCUCCUAGGUGA